AUGCUGGUCUCCAUCGCCGACGACGACUCCGGCUGGCAGGAGUCCCCGUCGCAGGCCGUCCUCUUCGCCGACGAGAUCGCCGCCGUCCGCGCCGUCCUGGGCGGGGGCCUCUCCGAGGCCCGCGUCAUCGCCGCGCUCUCCCGUUGCGGGGGCAACGCCGAGCGCGCCAUCAACGCGCUCCUCGACGACGCCGGCGACGCCGCCGAGGUGGGUUCCGCUCCCAAGCGGAUCAAGGCCGAGCUCGAUGUUGGUGGUGUUCCGGUGCCGGCGCCAGCAGCUGUCAAGGUGAAGGCCGAGUCCAUCGACGGCGAGGUCGUGUCGCCGGUAGCUGUCAAGGUGAAGGCCGAGUCCGUCGACGGCGAGGUCGUGGGGAGCCAAGAAUCUGAUGGCUCCUCCGCCGCGAAGGCCACCGCCAAGGUGAAGAGCGAGCCGACCAACUCGUCCGCCAAGAAACCGGACCGAUCCGUCCCCGACGCGCCCAGGGUAGGCGCGCCUGUGGUGGCGGCGAGCGGCGGCGCCGGCAUAAGCCUCGUCCCACGGCAGAAGAAGAGGCCGAGGGAGGAGGUGGAGACCAUCAACCUCACCACCACCCACCCGGUGCCGUACCUCAACCCGCGGCCCAUCCGGGCGCUGCCACCCGUGGGUGGGGAUGGGGAGGUGUACGACCCCAAGCCUAUCCAGAUGGUGCCGCCCCUGGAAGUCCAGAUGCACGACCGCAGGUCCGCCCUUCCUGCGCCGUCGCCCGUCGACGUCGAGAUGUACGAGCAGCGGUCGCGGCCGCGGCCCCUCAGGGCGGCUUCGCCUGCCCCGCGCGACUGGAUGCUCGUCGGCAAGUCCUAUGUGCCCGGGCUGUCCACCAACCGUGGGAGGAGGAGGUUGGACGCCGGGGAGAUCGUCCAUUUCGCCUUCCCUUCGUACGACAAGAUUUAUGGCGGGUUAAAGAUGACAGCCAGGAAGGCGGCGGCUCUGGCACAGAUUGUUCGCUUCUCCACCAAACGAGCCGGAGAGAUUGGGAAGCUGUCCCCAGAGUGGACGCAAUGCCUUGUCCCGCUUGUCAACUCUUCCAAGGUGAAGAUUCAGGGGAAGCUCGUGUUCCCAACAAUGGAGCUGAGGCUGAUGCAGGAGAUUUUGCUCUAUGUUAGCUUCUACAUCCACAAAUCUGUGCUUGCCGAAAUGGACAACUCACCCUGUGACAUGCUCGAUCAUGCAAAUGUUGAUUUCUCUCCCAGUCCUCUUCAUAAAUUGCUUAAUUUGCUCAACCUCAAGCCAUCCAACAAGGAUGCUUUCUCUCUUGGUGACCUCACCACUAGAAAGCUGAAGCAAAUUCUAAGGGGGAACAAUAAUAGCAGUGAUGAUUCUACUCCUGUGCUUGGCCAAACAUUUCUCGAGCAAGGUGCUGAUGAGCAGGCUAUUUCAGAGGCUGCCUUGAACAAACUUGUUGGCACUGCUGAAACAUUUGACUUAGAGGAAGCGGAGCCUCCCACUACCCUUGUCUCUGUUCUAAAACCAUACCAAAAACAAGCUCUCUUCUGGAUGUCUAAAUUGGAGAAGGGAAUUGAUGCAAAUGAAGAAACAAAAACUCUUAAUCCGUGUUGGAGUGCCUACAAUAUUGCAGACAAGAGAGCUCCUCCAGUGUAUGUCAAUCUUUUUACUGGUCAAGCAACAACACAAUUUCCAAGUGUAACUGAGACUGCAAGAGGAGGGAUACUAGCAGACGCAAUGGGUCUUGGCAAAACUGUGAUGACCAUUGCUCUGAUACUUUCCAAUCCCAGGGGGGAGUUAGAAAGAGACACGAGGUGUCUCAGAGAUCGUGCGACCAGAGCACACACCUCAACAUCCUCUGUUAGGGGAGGUACCCUUAUUGUUUGCCCUCAGUCAUUAUUGGGUCAAUGGAAGGAUGAGUUGGAGGCACAUUCCGCACAAGGAGCUCUUUCUGUGUUUGUGCAUUAUGGUGGUGAUAAAACUAGUAGCCUCAUGCUGAUGGCUCAACAUGAUGUCGUUUUAACAACCUAUGGUGUCCUCUCAGCUGCAUGCAAAACUGAUUACAACAGCAUUUUUCACAGGAUGGAUUGGUAUAGGAUUGUGCUUGAUGAAGCUCACACAAUCAAAUCUCCUAAAACUAAAAGUGCCCAAGCAGCUUAUAGAUUAAACUCAGAAUGCAGAUGGUGCCUUACAGGCACGCCAUUGCAAAAUAAUUUGGAGGAUCUCUACAGUCUUCUCUGCUUCCUACGUGUUGAGCCAUGGUGCAAUGCAAAAUGGUGGCAGAAGCUGAUUCAGAAACCUUAUGAGAAUGGUGAUGAUAGAGGAUUGAAACUUGUUAGAGCUAUUCUUAGGCCACUAAUGCUAAGGAGGACCAAGGAAACAAAAGACAAGAUUGGAAAUCCCAUACUGGUUCUACCUCCAGCUCAUAUUGAAGUUGUAGAAUGUGAACAAUCUGAACAUGAACGUGAUUUCUAUGAAGCGCUUUUCAGGAGAUCAAAGGUUCAAUUUGACAAAUUUGUGGCACAAGGCAGUGUUCUGAACAAUUAUGCUAAUAUUCUUGAGCUACUUCUCCGACUAAGGCAGUGCUGCGACCACCCUUUUCUAGUUAUCAGCCGAGCUGACCCUGGAAAGUAUGCUGACCUCGAUCAGGUAGCACAGCAAUUCCUUGAAGGAGUGCAGAGUUUUUCUGGAAGACAGAAUGUAGUGCCCUCACGUGCUUAUGUAGAAGAGGUUGUUGAGGAAAUUCGCCAGGGUGCUACUACCGAGUGCCCUAUCUGUCUUGAGUCAGCUUCAGAUGAUCCAGUACUCACGCCUUGUGCACACCGGAUGUGCCGUGAAUGCCUUCUUUCUAGCUGGAGGACUCCAGAUGGAGGGCCAUGCCCACUAUGUAGAAGCCACAUCAGCAAAUCUGACCUGAUCAUAUUGCCUGCUCAGUGUCGUUUCCAGGUUGAUGCCAAAAAUAACUGGAAGGACUCGUGCAAAGUGAGCAAACUUAUAAUGAUGCUGCAGAGCCUUCAGAAGAAAAAGGAGAAGAGCAUUGUAUUCAGCCAGUUUACUUCUUUCUUUGAUCUUCUGGAGAUCCCCUUCAAUCAGAAGGGUAUCAAGUUCUUGAGGUUUGAUGGCAAGCUGAGCCAGAAGCAUAAAGAAAAAAUUCUGAAAGAGUUCAGUGAAAGUCAGGACAAGCUGGUGCUAAUGAUGUCACUAAAAGCUGGAGGUGUAGGGCUAAAUCUAACUGCUGCCUCCAAUGUUUUUCUGAUGGAUCCAUGGUGGAAUCCAGCUGUGGAAGAGCAGGCUAUCAUGAGAAUUCACCGUAUUGGGCAGAAAAGAGAGGUCCGAGUCAAACGCUUCAUCGUCAAGGACACUGUCGAGGAGCGGAUGCAACAGGUCCAAAUGCGCAAGCAGAGGAUGGUUUCUGGGGCGCUCACUGAUGAGGAAAUUCGUGGCGCUCGCAUUGAGCAUCUCAAGAUGUUGUUUAAGUGA